AAAUUACCAUACACCGGAACUGGUCUUAAGUCUAAAACAAUAUCCAAACAAAACUUCAUCACUCACUCCGAGUCUCAAAUGGGCUUUAACAUCCUCAUACCUUCACCUCUCCCCUCCACCAAAACAAUUCUCUACACCAAACCCACUUUUCCCAAACUUGCCUCUGCACUCCAAUCUAUUCCCAACUCCUUCACCAAAACCCACUUCAAGUUUUCAUCCCCAAAACCUACUGCCCACUCCAUUUCGGCAGCUGGUUUUGUUGUGUCAAUCUACCAAACCAAGCGUCAGUUUCGUGGUGGUGGGGUCAUAGCCAUGGCUGCCCCCGGAUCCGUCCAGAAGUCCGAGGACGAAUGGCGUGCUGUUUUGUCCCCAGAGCAGUUUCGGAUUCUGAGACAGAAAGACACAGAGUAUCCUGGCACAGGAGAAUAUGACAAGCUUUUUGAAGAGGGUGUCUACAAAUGUGCAGGAUGUGGAACACCUCUCUACAGGUCGACAACCAAAUUUAAUUCCGGUUGUGGUUGGCCAGCUUUCUACGAGGGUCUUCCUGGAGCCAUAAAUCGCACUCCGGAUCCAGAUGGUAGGAGGAUCGAAAUCACAUGCGCUGCCUGUGGUGGACACCUGGGCCAUGUAUUUAAAGGCGAAGGUUUUCCAACUCCCACAAAUGAACGCCAUUGUGUCAAUAGUAUAUCACUCAAGUUUGCUCCUGCAGAUUCUUCCCUGUAAAACCUAAUGGCGUGCUUGCUUCAUUGCCAAACAUGUUCAAUACCAUCGGCUCUGUGUAAAACAUGGCAAUAAUGUUGUGUUUAGCCAAAUAAAAACCGACGCAGUUACUAUUUAUUAUACCUUCCCUCUGCCUGUGUCUAUGGAAGUCCUGGAAUAAAGAGAAUGCUGUUAUUUAGCCAA